CUCCCACAAGGGAAUUGGCCAGUCAGAUAUAUAUAGAGGCCAAAAAAUUUGCAAAGAGUUACGGUCUGAGAGUUGCAGCAGUUUAUGGAGGUGUUUCGAAAAUGGACCAAUUUAAAGAACUCAAGUCUGGUGAUGUUGAAAUUCUAGUGGGCACUCCUGCAUACACUCGCACUCACAACAUAUAUAUAGCAUUACUUUUCAGCGCAACGUUUCCAAAAAAGGUUGAAAUAUUAGCUCGCGAAGUGACUACGGAGCCUGUGAGAAUUUCAAUUGGAAAUGUUGGUCAGUUAACCUCAAUUUAG